CAGUAUCCUAGAAUAGGUUCCAAGAGAUGAAUGAUUAACAAAGAAUCUACAUCAUUCACACAUAAAUUCACAGAUUUCAACACUCUCACGUUCCACUUCUGCAAGCUUUCUCUCUCUCAAAACAAAAACAAAAAAAAAAGAAAUCCGUAAUGGCAGUCUUGCUGUACUACUCAGUGCUUUUCUUCCUCUCCAUCUUCACCUUUGCUCCACUCUCACAAUCGCAGUCUUUCCUUGGAGUGAACUACGGCCAAGUCGCCGACAACCUCCCGCCGCCGGAAGCGACGGCAAAGCUCCUCCAGUCCUCCGCGGCGAAGGUCCGGCUAUACGGGUCAGACCCGGCGGCGAUCCGGGCCUUCGCCAAUACCGGCAUCCGCCUCAUGAUCGGAGCAUCCAACUCCGACAUUCCGGGCAUGGCGUCCGACCCGAACUUCGCCAAGAGCUGGAUCGCCACCAACGUCGCCCCUUUCCUCCCCGCCUCCAACAUCAUCGCCAUCAACGUCGGCAAUGAGGUCAUGUCCUACAACGAUCGGAAUCUGAUGGCGCAACUGCUGCCGGCGAUGCAGAAUCUCCACGCCGCCCUCGACUCCGCCGGCCUGGCCGGAAAAAUCAAGGUCUCCACCGUCCACUCCAUGGCGGUUCUCGGGCAGUCCGACCCGCCCUCCUCCGGCAGCUUCGAUCCCAGCAUCGCCGAUCUGCUGAAGGGAUUGCUGAGCUUCAACAACGCCACCGCGUCGCCCUUCGCGAUCAACCCGUACCCGUAUUUCGCGUACCGCAGUGACCCGAGGCCGGAGACUCUGGCGUUCUGCCUGUUCCAGCCGAAUCCGGGCCGGGUCGAUUCCGGGUCCAAGAUCAAGUACACUAACAUGUUUGAUGCUCAGGUGGAUGGUGUGAGGUCGGCAUUGGACAGAAUGGGGUUCAAGGGAGUGGAGAUAGUGAUUGCAGAGACAGGGUGGCCGUACAAGGGAGAUAGCCAUGAGGUCGGGGCGAGCGUGGAGAAUGCCAAGGCUUACAAUGGGAAUUUGAUUGCGCAUCUGAGGUCCGCAGUUGGGACUCCAUUGAUGCCGGCUAAAUCUCCCGAUACCUACCUUUUCGCUAUGUACGAUGAGAAUCAGAAGCCCGGCCCCACUUCUGAGAGAUCAUUCGGCCUCUUUAAGCCCGACUUAACCAUGGCUUAUGAUGUUGGACUUAGCCAGAAGAGUCCUUCAUCAUCAACACCAGCAAGUCCGGAAUCGAAGAAGCAGGAACGAUGGUGUGUAGGAAAGGCGGGCGUGAGAGAGGAUCAAAUGCAAGCGAAUUUGGACUACGCGUGUGGACAAGGCAUAGAUUGCAGCCCUAUACAACCAGGAGGAGCUUGUUUCGAGCCCGCAUCAGUCGUUUCUCACGCCACCUAUGCCAUGAAUCUCUUCUUUCAUGACUCCAACAAGGACCCCAAUAUUAGCUGUGAUUUCUCACAGACAGCCACACUAUCUUCCACAGAUCCUAGUUAUGAUCACUGCAUCUUUCCGAGCAGCUAAGAGUGGAUUAGAUCUUGCUAUUAUGUGAAAGUGUUAGAUAUUUUGAAUUCCGAGAUAAUCGCAUGCACUUUCCCUAGAUACCGAUUCUCCUCGCAGAUUUGACCAAAACAAGUAUAUAUACAUCGUCUUACAUGUU